AUGGAAUACCUUCUAAGGAAAUAUAAUGUGCGUCAUAGGGUGGCAACCCCAUAUCACCCACAAACCAGUGGACAAGUUGAAGUAUCCAACAGGCAGCUUACGCAAAUACUUGAAAAGACAAUGAAUUCCUCACGAAAAGAUUCGUCAACGAAACUUGAUGAUGCACUUUGGGCCUAUCGAACAGCUUUUAAAACCUCCAUUGGUAUGUCGCCGUAUCAAAUCGUGUACGGUAAAGCCUGUCAUUUGCCGCUCGAACUGGAGCAUCGAACAUUUUGGGCGAAGAAAUACUUGAAUUUUGACUUGGUUAAGGCAGGCGAAUCAAGAAUUCUUCAGCUUCACGAGAAAACUAAAGUCAAGAUGGUCAGGCCCCUUCAAGAUAAUCAAGGUAUUUCUAUACAAGGCUGUGGAGUUGAAAGAUACACACUCAAAUCGGAACUUUAA